AUGGAGGCUCCAACGCCUCAUCUCCUCCUCUUCCUCCUCUUAGCCGUCUCUUUCCUCUCCGCAUCAGUCGCUGACGAUGGAGCGGCAAUGCUCGCUUUGGCGAAAUCGUUUCGUCCUACGCCGUCAGGUUGGUCAACCACCUCCUCCACCGAUUGUUGCAAAUGGAGCGGCGUAAGAUGCACCUCCGGCCGCGUCGUUUCAAUCAACCUCGAAGGUUUAUCUCUCUCCGGCGGUUUAGCACCCGAGAUCUCGACUCUCUCCGAGCUCAAAUCCAUCGCUGUCCAGCGUAACAAACUCUCCGGUAAAAUCCCGUCGUUCGCUAAGCUCCCGUCUCUGCAAGAGAUCUAUAUGGACGAAAAUCUUUUCGACGGAGUUGAGACCGGAGCUUUCGCCGGACUCGUCAGCCUCCAGAUCUUGAGUAUGAGCGAUAAUCCGGAAAUUAGUGCUUGGAGUUUCCCUUCGGAGCUCGCGGAUUCGACUUCUCUCACCACAAUCUACCUCGACAACACCACAAUCUCCGGCGUUUUGCCUGACAUUUUCGGUUCCUUCGCUUCUCUCCAGAAUCUCCGCCUCUCUUACAACAACAUCACCGGCCCGUUACCUCCCUCGCUGGCGAAAUCCUCGAUUCAGAAUCUCUGGAUCAACAAUCAGGAAUCGGGGUUGUCAGGGACGAUCGAAGUGCUCUCCGGUAUGACGUCGUUGUCGCAAGCGUGGCUCCAGAAGAAUCAAUUCGCCGGACCGAUCCCGGAUCUCUCGAAAAGCGAGAAUCUCUUCGAUCUCCAGCUCCGGGAUAAUCAAUUAACCGGAAUCGUAUCGCCUUCACUACUUCCACUCGGAAGCCUCAAGAACAUUUCUCUGGACAACAACAAGUUUCAAGGCCCUCGUCCUUCUUUUCCAUCGGAGGUUGAGAAAGUAACCGCCGAGCACAACAAUUUCUGCACUACCAAAGCAGGAGAUCCCUGUAGUCCUCAGGUGAUGACGCUUUUAGCGGUGGCCGGAGGUUUGGGAUAUCCGUCGAUGUUGGCUGAUUCUUGGCAAGGAAACGAUGCUUGCGGCGGAUGGGCUUACGUCACCUGCGAUUCAGGUGGGAAGAACGUUGUCACGCUGAAUCUCGGGAAACAUGGAUUCGCCGGAUUUAUAUCUCCGGAGAUUGCAAAGCUCACUUCUCUCAAGAGCAUUUACCUCAACGACAACAACUUAACCGGUGUUAUCCCCAAGGAGUUGACUUCUAUGGCUAACCUCCAGUUAAUCGAUGUCUCAAACAACAAUCUCACCGGAGAUAUACCGAGUUUUCCUCCGUCGGUGAAGUUUACUCACUCGCCAGGUAACGUUUUGCUGGGAACUAAAGCCGGAGAUUCUUCAACUCCUGGAGCCGGUUCUAAAACCAAUAGUAGUCCCGGUGGGUCUUCUGGUAAAAAUGGCGGAAGUAAAGCUCCUGUGAUCAUCGGUGUGAUCGUAGCGGUUCUUGUUUUCCUCGCUAUUUUAGUGUUCGUGGUUUACAAAUUCGUUAUGAAGAAGAAGUAUGGGAAAUUUAGAAGGACGGAUCCUGAGAAAGCAGGGAAGAUUAUGGUUAGUGAUGCUGCGUCUAAUGGUAACGGUGGUGGAUAUGCUAAUGGACAUGGAGGCAAUAAUAACUUCAACGCGUUGAACAGUCCUAGUAGUGGCGACAACAGUGAUCGUUUCCUUCUUGAAAGUGGAAGCGUCACCAUUCCGAUGGAGGUUCUUCGUCAGGUUACGAAUAACUUCAGCGAGGAUAACAUAUUGGGAAGAGGCGGUUUCGGCGUUGUCUACGCCGGGGAAUUGCACGACGGGACGAAAACCGCGGUUAAGAGGAUGGAAUGUUCAGCGAUGGGUAACAAAGGAAUGAGCGAGUUUCAAGCCGAGAUCGCUGUGCUGACCAAGGUCAGGCAUAGACAUCUGGUUGCUCUGUUGGGUUACUGCGUGAACGGGAACGAGAGGUUGCUUGUCUAUGAGUACAUGCCACAGGGGAAUCUCGGACAGCAUUUGUUUGAGUAUGCUACGGGAAGAGUAACGACGAAAGUGGAUGUGUAUGCAUUUGGAGUAGUUCUUAUGGAAAUGAUCACGGGAAGAAAAGCGUUAGACGAUUCAUUACCAGACGAGAGAUCUCAUUUAGUCACGUGGUUCAGGAGAAUCUUAAUCAACAAAGAGAACAUCCCAAAGGCGCUAGACCAAACCUUAGAGUCAGACGAGGAAUCGUUGGAGAGCAUUCACAGAGUCGUCGAGCUUGCGGGACACUGCACGGCACGUGACCCUCAACAGAGACCGGACAUGGGCCACGCGGUGAACGUGCUCGGCCCACUAGUGGAGAAGUGGAAACCGUCGUGCCAAGAAGAAGAAGAGAGUUUCGGGAUCGAUGUGAACAACAUGAGUUUACCUCAAGCUCUACAGAGAUGGCAACAAAACGAAGGAACGUCUUCUAUGUUCCAUGGAGACUUUUCUUACUCUCAGACACAGUCUAGUAUUCCUCCAAAGCCUUCUGGUUUUCCUAACACGUUCGAUUCAAAUGAUGGUCGGUGACUUAAAAAAAUCGAUGUUUACUAAGUUUUUUCUUCUUUUUUUUUUGUGAUAUGAUGAUUAAUAUUUUAUAUAUUGUAAGCACAUAUAUGCUGUAUUUGCGUCUGACCCACUUUGAGCCUUUUGCAUUUGUUCAUUCUUUUUUUUAAGAGAAAAUUGUAUUACGUAGCUUGUUUUUUGGAGAAAAGAAAAAGAAAAAUUUGAAAACUACUAGC